AUGCCAUUUGGUAUGUUUGUAGGAGUUAGUAACCACUUUGAGAGUGUAAUCUUCGCUGGAGUAUUCUUGACUAAUGAGAAGGAAGAGAAUUUCCGUUGGGCUUUUAAGCAAUUUGUUGCUAUGAUGGGUGGGAAACCACCAGUUACUAUUCUUACAGAUCAGGCUAGGGCCAUUGGAAAUGCAGUCAUGGCAGAGCUUCCUAAUGCAACACAUAGAUGGUGCAAAUGGCACGUUCUGAAGAGGGCUCAUGAACUUCUUGGUGUUGUUUACAGAAAUCACAAAACCUUUGCUGAUGAUUUCCAUAAGCUAGUAAAUCACAUGCUAACAAUACAGGAGUUUGAAGAUGCAUGGAAUUUUGUUACGUACACUAAACUGAUAGACGAUCGGGAGAGUUGUGACGCAGAAGCUGAAAGGAAGAACAAACAGAAAAUAUUAAAGGUCCAUUUUGGAUAUCCCAUGGAGAAGCAUGCUUCUGUUAUCUAUACACCAAAGGUUUAUAAUCUAUUCAAGAAGGAGCUCAUUAAGUCUACAUCAUACCUUGUGCUUCCUAGCCAUGAGGAACAUACUUUUGUUGUGAAGCACGUCCAGGCCGAGUCUAGGGAAUUGUGGUCUAAAGUAAUUUACAAAAUCAAAGUAGAUGAGUCAAUUGGAUAUUACACAUGUGAAUGUGGACUUGACGAACAUUUUGGUGUUCUUUGUAGCCACGUCCUAGCGAUUUUUGUGAACCGAGGUGUCUGCAAAAUUCCAGAUUGUCACAUAAUGAAGCGGUGGACAAAGCAAGCUAGGUCAUCUACUUUCAGCAACAAGUUGGAGAAAUAUAUCGGCGACACUAACGAGGAAUCGAGAUCAUUUAGGCACCAGCUAUUAUAUUUCGCGGCAAUAAAUAUAGUUAAUGAAGCUGAGAUCGAUCCAGAUGCAUUUGCAAUUGCAAAGUCUAAUUUUACUCGUUGCAAGAAGGAAUUACAGGAGCACAGACUUUCAAAGACAACUACAUGCCAGGUAGGAUAUGGAUCAAUGCCUGAAGAUGAAGUAAGUACACAUUCUGGUGUUCAACUGGAAGGCAAUGAAGUUAGUGAAUCAUGUGUUCAAAUAGUUGAUACCACAAAAAACAUUACUAUUCCAGUUUCUUCAAUUCUUGCACCUGCUAUAAUGAAGAGGAAUGGUAGACCUUCCAAUAAAAGGUACAUGUCUAGCAUGGAAGCAAACAUCAAGAAGAAGAAACGUGGGAAAAAACCAGACCCAAAGAGCAAACAAGCUGGUGGUGUGAUGGGUGUUGUCCAGUCCAGGUUUUGCAGCAAAUGUCGAUCGCCAACACACACUAUCAAAGAUUGCCCGCAGCUCUAUUUACCUUAA